AUGCUGCUAUUGCCACCACCGCUGCUGCUGCUGUCCCUGCUGUGGGCAUGUGGGUGGGCUGCGGGGAGACGGGUGGGCGGGGCAGGGGCUGCCGCUGAUCGUUAUUCCUACGCAGGGUCCCUGUAUCAAGACAAGAGAUACAGGCUGCAGGUGCGGGGGCCUGUGACGGUGCAGGAGGGCCUGUGUGUCCGCGUGCCCUGCUUCUUCCAGUAUCCCCGGGACGACUGGGACGACUCUGUCCCAGCUUUCGGCUACUGGUUCCAGGAAGGGGCCAGAACCCGCCAGGAUCGUCUAGUGGCCACAAACAACCCAGAUCGUGAGGUGCUGACGGACACCCAGGGCCGAUUCCACCUCCUUGGAGACCCCCGGACCUACAGCUGCUCCCUGGACAUCAGAGAUGCACGGCAGGGAGACACGGGGACAUACUUCUUUAGGGUGGAGAGAGGGCCUACUGUGAAAUAUAGUUAUUUAGAGAACCAGCUCCACCUGCAUGUAACAGGGCCUGGGUCUGUUUCUCUCUCCUCUUCAGCUCUGACACAGACACCCGACAUCCACGUCCAGGGGACCCUAGAAUCUGGCCUCCCCAGGAAUAUCACCUGUGCAGUGCCAUGGGCCUGUGAGAGGGGGACACCCCACACCUUCUCCUGGACCGGGGUUGCCCUCCCUUCCCUGCACCCCAAGGGCCCCCACUCCUCGGUGCUCACGCUCACCCUGGGGCCCCAGGACCACGGCACCAACCUCACCUGUCGAGUGACCUUCCCCGGAGCUGGCGUGAGCGCAGACAGAACCAUCAGGCUCAACGUGUCCUAUGCACCCCAGAAGCCGACCGUCAGAGUGUUCCGGAAGGAAGACACAGGACCUGAAAGUCUGGGCCAAAGCCUAUCUCUCCCAGUCCAGGAGGGCCAGUUCCUACGCCUGGACUGUGUUGCCGACAGCAACCCUCCUGCCAGGAUGAGCUGGAUCCGGGGGAGCCUGACCCUGAGCCCCUCCAAUUCCUCGAACCCAGGGGUCCUGGAGCUGCCCCGGGUGGAACUGGAGGACCAUGGGAAAUAUGUCUGCCGAGCUCAGCAUCCGUUAGGCUCUCAGGAAGCAUCUCUGAGCCUCGUUGUGAAAAACCCCCCGCAGCUGCAGGGACCCUCCUGCUCCCAGGAGGAGGAGGGUCUGCACUGCGACUGUUCCUCCCGAGCCCAGCCGGCCCCCUCCCUGCGCUGGCGGCUGGGGGAGGGGCUGCUGGAGGGGAAUUUCAGCAACGCCUCCUUCAAGGUCACCUCCAGCUUGGCUGGGCCCUGGGCCAACAGCUCCCUGAGCCUCCGCGAGGGGCUCAGCUCUGGCCUCCUACUCAGCUGCGAGGCCCAGAACGGCCACGGGAAACAGAGCGCCACUGUCCUGCUGCUGCCAGGGAGGCCAGCACCCAGGACCGGUGUGGUUUGGGGGGCCGUCGGGGGAUCCGGCGUCACAGCCCUGCUAGCUCUCUGCCUCUGCCUCAUCUUCUUUGUAGUGAAGAUCUACAGGAAGAAAUCAGCGGAGAAGGCAUCAGGCAGAGACGGCGUCCGUCCCGCACUGACUUCCAUCUCUCUGGGUCACCUCAAUGAAUCCUGUUCAGACAGCCCCUCGGACUACCAGACCCCAGCUCCGGCCACCUCCACCCCAGGGAAGGAGCAGGAGCUCCAUUACGCCACCCUCAACUUCCACAGGCUGAGGACCCACAACUUUCAGGACACCACUGAGUACUCAGAGAUCAAGAUCCAGAAAUGA